AAUUCUCACCAGACAUUUUAUACAGCAUCGCCGUCCGACUGAUGAGUCUCUGCAAAGUAAGCGCAAUGUUUUCUCCUGCCUAAUUUAACUUGAAAACUUUGAUCUGCAAAUACAAUUCAACUUCGUAGGAAUCAUCCAAGACAAUGACUAACAGUGUAUUGGGAGUAAUUCUAAUCCAGAUUCUGAUAUCAGGUCAGAUCGGAUCAAUCCAAUCAGCUCCUCUCUCCUCCUACUUGGUAUCUUCAUUUACACCUCCUGAUACUGACUUCAACCUACCAUUCAACCACAUCGCCAUCAACAACAUCACUGGAGACAUCUAUAUAGGAGCACGAGAGAGGCUCUACCAACUCGACUCUAACCUGGCUCUAAAAGUGACGGUGGAUAAUGGAAAUUGUGAUACUUCUGAUAAAGACAACAAACUACUUACUACCGUGGUUACACAUCAUAUAUAUAAGCUGAUCACAUGUGGCUGCCAGAAAGGGAGUUCUCUCUGUCAGACAAGGAAUCCGGUAAAUAUAUCACUGGACCUGAUAGAACUAGCUGAUACCCCGUACAUUGUGGCAAUGGGAGACGUGUCUAUGUCUACUGUUGGUGUUGUUGCUCUCGGUGCUGACUUUGAAGAAGAUGAAAUUACUAAACAUGGUGAAUCUUUGUAUUUUUUCAUUGCGAGAAGUGGUGGGGGAGCUGCUUCUGCAUUCAGAUUCAUUUCAAAGUACAGUCUCGCAGACCUUCAAUCACAACAACAAAUACCAGCAAAUAUCCUUACUGACGAUUCGACAAGCUCCAAACAUAUUAUUUCUUACGAAGAUUUUUUAUUCGUUUUUAUAUCAAGAGACGAGGAAACUUAUUUAGGACGUAUUUGUCGUGAUUCACCCGACCAAGACUUCGCAUCGUACACGGAAAUAAAGCUGGAGUGUGGGCAUGCUGGGUCCCAAAAUGUUAUUCAGUCAGCUUACAUUGGACCAGCAGGAUCUGAGUUGGCUAAAUCGAUGAAUAUUAGUACAGAGGAUGGUGUACUGUACGCAGUAUUCUCAUCUACUUCGUCUUAUCUUUGUGCGUAUAGGAUGAUCGAUGUCGAGCAGACCUUCGAAGAUGCCAUCUUCGGCUGUAUUCAGGGUACUGGCACUGGCAUCGCAAAUAGCUUCAUUUCUGACGACAUACACAGAGGUGGAAGCAAAUGUGAAAAGUAUGCUAACGGUGAACUGCCACAGCAUCCAUUCCGAUGUACAGGUAGAAUUCCAGAAGAGGACUCCCGAAACGGCUACUUAUUGUAUAAGUAUGUCAGUGCAACGAAUCCUCUUUCUGCCUCGCCUAUUUCCACCAUCCCUGAUGUGAUAUCAACCUCCAUUGUGACAACCGUAGAAAGACACCAUACUGUAGCAUUUGUAGGAGAUACGCAAGGAUAUUUUUAUAAGGUAGAGUAACCCAAGGGGUGCCAGUCAAAAAUGUUGCUGUACACACGCGUGUACAUGCACAUGUGUUCAGCAAUAUAUUUGACUCAAGUCAGGACACUUAAAGUCACCUGACCUAAAGUCAUGUUCGUUAACUUAGAAUGUUUUCGACAUCGGAGAGUACUAUACAGUGCGACCCAGAAAAAAAAACGAAACCGAGAUUAAGGAAUGAUUUAUCAUAACUUUAUCACUAAUACAAUAGAAAAUGACCUACCAAUGCAAAGCUUAGAAUCUCCUCUUUCAUCUGAAUUACUUAGAUUAUUCCUGAUUCGCGCAUGAGCGAACAAAAACAAUUUGAAGAAAGGAUACCAAAAACUCAUUUGGCGGUGGUAUCUGAAUUUCAAAGAGAAAAUCACAUUUCUGAAAAGUCCAAUAUCUGCUAUUUUAUUUGAUACCUUAAUCACAAAAAUUGGUCAAGAGGUAAGAAAGUUCUGUUCCCUCGAAAAAAUGCUUGUAUUUACAUAAUUUCAUUUAAGGCGGUUUUCCACUAGGGUGCGGAUAAGACCAGGAAGGGUUGCGGAAGCAACUUUUGUCAUUUCGGCAUGCUGUCCGCAACCAAAUUCCGUAAAAGAUUAUGCAAAUUAUCUUGUCCUAGGACACGACCAGGACUGUCUGCGUAUUGGCGUAGGACAUUCCUGGGACUGUCCUGGGACAAGAUUAUCUCAAUAAAUUUGUCGGCGUUCGGCGCGGACAGCAUGCAGAUCGUAUUAAGACAGAACCGGAGACAUUUAGGACAACGUCACGAGUGGUAAAUUCAAGAACGAGGACAAUCAGAAUAAUUUUCAGACAACUUGCGAAUGCUCCAAAAAAAUUAUCGUUCAUAUAUUUUUUUAUGAAUUUAGGGUUGUUAUUUGGGGUUUGGGGUGCGAUUUUUUAAAAAGAAACAUUGAUUGUGUUAUUAAAUCAGAUUUAGGAGCAGGCGAGAAUGAAGUAAAUCGACUUGAAAGUACGCUAUUUUUAAACAUUUCCGACUACAAAGACUAUAUAAGAUUUUCUUUUAUUUCAAAUCAAAUUGCAUACAUUGGUGGAAAUCCCAGGGGUACGCGUCCCCUCCCUUUUUGGAAAGGGGAGGGCAUUUGAUAUCAAAUGCCCCCCCCCCCCACACACACACUUUUUGUAACGAGCAAACAAGAAAAUAUGGAAAGAGAG